CGGCCGUGCCCUUGUUCUUUCGCUGCACCGAUUCUCAGCCUAAUCUCUGUUUUCCUUUCCCUCCCCUCUUCCCCUCCUCUUCUUCCUUCUUCCCAAUCAAAGCCAUGAGUUCGAAUGUGGGUUCUGACCCCCUGAUGGUUUUGUUGGUAAUAAUCAUACUAGCACGUUUCAUCCUUUGGUCCUGUCUCAGGACUUUUAUUGAUUAUCGACUGGCCCGGAGGCAGCCCAGCAAACCCAAGCAGGACUAG